CUCUCUCUCUCUCUCUCUCCACCACACACAGAUACAUGCUAGAAAGAAUAAGUAUGAGCUGCAAUGGCUGCAGAAUACUCAGAAAGGGCUGUAAUGAAAACUGCAUUCUCCGACAAAGUUUGCAGGGUAUAGAAAGCCCACAAGCUCAGGCAAACGCCACCGUUUUCGUCGCCAAGUUUUUCGGCCGCGCCGGACUUAUGUCCUUCCUUUCUUCCGUUCCUCAGUCUCAGCGAACCUCUCUGUUUCAAUCUCUACUGUUUGAAGCAUGCGGGAGGACCGUGAAUCCGGUGAACGGGGCGGUGGGAUUGAUGUCCACCGGAAACUGGCACCUCUGUCAGUCCGCGGUCGAGACGGUUCUCGACGGUGGAGUUCCUCGCUGCUUGCCGGAAUAUUCCCCUCAGUCUUCGCCUGAGCUUGACGAGGGUUUCGAAGACCACAACAACGGGCUGUGCAUGAAUUCCCGAGAUUCGAACAUUAGGGUUAACAAUAACAACGGCGGUUUGACGGCGGCUAGAAUGACGUCGAGAGGGCGGAGGGAGAAUAGCAGGUCGGCUUCGCCGCCAUCGGACGAGUCGGAGACGACUACGUUAGAGAGCGGUUUUAUUUUUCAUCAACGUCACCAAAACCACCAUGGAAAUGGAAAUGGAACGAAGCUUUUGAGACUGUUCAUUUGAUCCAUAAUUAAUUAAUUAAUUUUAAUCUGUAUUAUUAGUGCCGGCUGAAGGGGUUAAUUAACCCUAAUUAGAGUUUGAUUGUAUUCCAAUUUUUUUCUGUCAUAAGAUUUGCAUCAAUGCUUAUAGAUCGCUCGUUGUAUUUCACUCGAUCGUGGUAUAGCAUCUACGAAACCCAUACCAAAUCAUUAAGUUUUC